AUGCCUAUUUCACAAGCAAUGAAAGCAAUAUCUUUCUCCAACCCCAUCCUUUCCCGUUGCCGCCGCCACCACCAGCGCCAACGCUAUUCUCAAGCGCUUGUUCUCAAUCACCGUGCUAAAUCUUUUGUUGUCAAUGCAAGAAGAGGGACAAAUGAUGGAGGGAAUAUUGUGGACGAAAACAUGAUCGUGUUGAGAAUGCGAAUAAGGGAGGUGGAGAUGGAUAGUAUGCCGCCAACGAGGUUGGAGAAUUGGAUGGAGUGGGAGAAGAAGUACUACGAGCAUUAUAUUCGAGAUGUUUGUGAAGCCAUGAUGAUGUUGCAAAUGUGUUUGAUGAACAAUAGACCAAGUUUGGUCAUUGGGACAUUGACACUUUUGAUGUUAACUAUUACUAUAUCGGCUAGUAUUGGUAUCUACAAUUUUACAAGUUUGGUAGGGUCACUUUAG